CUGCCGCUGCCGCCUGGUUACCCCGAGCCGGACGCUGCCGCCGGUCCCCACUCGGCCCACUCCUUCAUCUGAAUGGGAAGUUGGGGAACAUGGACGGGGUCGUGCUGGCGCGGAUCGCUCUCUUCUGGCUAACAGGACUUUCAUCUACAUUAUGCCUUUUGAUCAUUCUAAGCAAGAAUGGCUGCUACUACCUCCUUCUACGUAAGAAGACAAAGGCUCAGAGAGAAUACAUAACUUGUCCAAGUCCAUGGCAUCCUAUUGAUUAAAAGAAUAAGAAACAGUGUCGCUGACUUAACAUGACUUGGUUGUGUCAAGGGCCAGAAUCCAAGGGAAACAUUCUUUUCUGCUUACGGUAUAUCAGGGAGACGAACGGUUCCUAUUUUUUUAGGGGGGAAAAGAUCCAGUCUGCAUUCUCUUUACCUUUAAACCUGGAGCCUGCAGGGCAACAUUUCUCCAAAUACUUUGCUUCCAUCCUGACAAUGCUACUGGGGGAUGGACAGGCUUUAUUUCCUCAUCUAGACUACGGACCAAACCCAGAGGAGAUGUGUGGAUACUUCAUAUUCAUCUCCUACAUUUAGAAAACCUGCCCAUCAGUUGUCCCUAAGCAGUGUCUUCAGAAACUGGGACAAUAUGUUAAAAGUGUGAAGACAAAAGCCAUGGCUGAUGGCCUUCAAGUCACGGUGCUUGACAAGAAGAAGGUGGCCAUGCUCUUUCAGCCCACUGUGCUUCGCUGCCACUUCUCCACGUCCUCCCAUCAGCCUGCAGUCGUGCAGUGGAAGUUCAAAUCCUACUGCCAGGAUCGCAUGGGGGAGUCCUUGGGCAUGUCCUCUCCCCGGGCCCAGUCGCUCAGCAAAAGAAACCUGGAAUGGGACCCCUACUUGGAUUGUUUAGACAGCAGAAGGACUGUUCGAGUGGUAGCUUCAAAACAGGGCUCAACCGUCACCCUGGGAGAUUUCUACAGGGGCAGAGAGAUCACGAUUGUGCAUGAUGCAGAUCUUCAAAUCGGAAAACUCAUGUGGGGAGACAGCGGACUCUAUUACUGUAUCAUCACUACCCCUGAUGACCUGGAGGGCAAAAAUGAGGACUUGGCAGAGCUGCUGGUGUUGGGCAGGACAGGGCUGCUUGCUGAUCUCUUGCCCAGUUUUGCUGUGGAGAUUAUGCCAGAGUGGGUGUUUGUUGGCCUGGUGAUCCUGGGAGUCUUCCUCUUCUUCGUCCUGGUGGGGAUCUGCUGGUGCCAGUGCUGCCCUCACAGCUGCUGUUGCUACGUCCGCUGCCCGUGUUGUCCAGAUUCCUGCUGCUGCCCUCAGGCCUUGUACGAAGCAGGGAAAGCAGCAAAGGCUGGGUACCCUCCCUCUGUCUCCGGUGUCCCCGGCCCUUACUCCAUCCCCUCUGUCCCCUUGGGAGGAGCCCCCUCAUCUGGCAUGCUGAUGGACAAGCCGCAUCCACCUCCCCUGGCACCAAGUGACUCCACUGGAGGAAGCCGCAGUGUUCGCAAAGGUUACCGGAUUCAAGCCGACAAAGAGAGAGACUCCAUGAAGGUCCUGUACUACGUUGAGAAGGAGCUGGCUCAGUUUGAUCCAGCCAGAAGGAUGAGAGGCAGAUAUAACAACACCAUCUCUGAACUCAGCUCCCUGCACGAGGAGGACAGCAACUUUCGCCAGGCCUACCACCAGAUGAGAAGCAAGCAGUUCCCUGUGUCCGGGGACUUGGAGAGCAAUCCUGACUACUGGUCAGGUGUCAUGGGGGGCAGCAGUGGGGCAAGCCGGGGGCCCUCAGCCAUGGAGUAUAACAAAGAGGACCGGGAGAGCUUCAGCCAGCAGCGCUCCAAGUCGGAGAUGCUGUCCCGGAAGAACUUCGCCGCGGGAGUGCCGGCCGUGUCCAUGGACGAACUGGCGGCCUUCGCCGACUCGUACGGGGCGCGCUCCCGCCGGGCCGACGGCGACAGCCACGAGGCGCGGGGCGGGGGCCGCUUCGAGCGCUCGGAGGCGCGCGCCCUCGGGGGCUUCUACGCGGACGGCUCUCCGGAGGAGUACUACGGCCCGCGGAGCCGCAGCCGGGAGCCCCUGGGCGACGCAGGCCGCGCCUGGGCCCCCAGCACCCCGCGCCGGCGGCCCGACGACGCGCCCCUGCCGCGCCUGGUGAGCCGGACGCCGGGCACGGCCCCCAAGUACGAGCACGGGCCCCGCGCCGGCGGCCUGGAGCGCCAGACGCGGCCCGAGGGCGCCAGCCGCGGCGGCAGCCUGGAGACGCCGUCCCGCCUCAGCGCGCAGCUCGGCCGUCGCAGCGCCUCCUACUACGCCUGGUCGCCGCCCUCCACCUACAAGGCGGCCGCGCCGGAGGACGACGAGGACGACUCCGCCGACGACGACGCGCUGCCGCCCUACAGCGAGCGCGAGCUGACCCGGGGCCCGUCCUACCGCGGCCGCGACCUGCCCUACCACAGCAGCUCGGAGAAGAAGCGCAAGAAGGAGCCCGCCAAGAAAACGGGUGACUUUCCAACCAGGAUGUCCCUUGUGGUCUGAUGUUUGUUUUGAAGACACCUCUCUGGGUGACUAGAAAUCAGAAGCAGACUCCUGGGACAAGACACAAAUCCAAGAGCCAGCAGGCCCGGGACCUUCUCUGGCCACCACCUUGGAAGAUUUGCUGAUCUUUGCUUUGGCAAGGGAUGGGGGGGCAGCCUUUAAGGAAGGCUGAUUCCAAACCUCAGCGUACAUCUAACUAGUAUGAGAAACUUACGAAGAUGACUGCGUGUGAGAACAUUCCCACACAUGGAGUGUCUCACCCACUGAGUUCAUCCUGCCUGGUAUUCUUCUGUAGCUGAAACAGGAAUCCUUUUCCAAUUCUGGAAGGGAGUUAGCUCUGGACUGGUAAUCUCUAGAAAAUGCCUCCGCCUACAAGUAUGUUCUUCUAUACCUCCUGUGCUGUGCUUAGAGGCAGAAAAGCUUAUUAUUACUACUAUUAAAAGAAGGCCUUGUACUGACAACGGAAGAUAACUUUAGGCAAAAUAUACCUUUUAUCCCUGUCUCCUCCCAGUCACUAGUCAAUGACUAUUGUUACACUAAAAUCAGAAGGCCUUUGGUGAGCUCAGUGACAGUGACCUGCUGGACAAUCACAGAAAUGACUUCAACUUGCUGUUUUAAGUGACAGUUCUUGAGUGGCUGGAACAAGACAAAAGAGAGUAUACCUUUGUGAAAAGCUGUGUAAGUGGUAUUUCUUUUUCCAUUCUGAGAACUUAAACUGCUUUUUCUCUUUCUGCUGUGCACAGCGAGAUCUGAGUCUUGGACGUUAAGGGCUCUCCUCAUUCUCCCUUAUCCUGGACUUUCCGCAGGUUGGUGCCACCCACAGAGCCCCACUUCCCUCUGCACUCUGAUUAAAUUGUCAUCAGGUGCCUUUUGAGAAAUGCUUAAAAUACACACAUGAAAGAAAAGAGGAAGGAAAAAAAGGAGAAGGCGGUUAUGCAAAGUAGAGAAGAAUGAAAAAGAAUUUAAGAGGAAAAGAAUAUGUGAUCUCAUUAUACUUUGAGUGUGGGCCAUUUCCCCCACAAACUGCACUCGGUCUUCUCUGGUUCUGUACCUCAUUUACCGUGAGUUGUUUCUGCCAUCCCGCUCUGUUAUCCCAGGACGCCAAAGGUAUGUGGCGCAUGCCUCUCUUGGCCUCACCAGACUUGCUGCUCUCCACACUUUGGGAAAUGAGGGAUCUUGCUCUCUCAGGAAGGAGCACUUCCGAUUCCCACCCUUGCUGAAAUGAUAGAUGUUGCCUAAAUCCCAAAGCUAGAUAGCACCGGAUUUUGUCAUUUGUAUAGAUUGCAAAAAAAGUGGCCACAGUUUCUUCCCUUCUCAUCAAGAGGUGCAGUCUCUUUCUCCACCCCUCAAAUCUGGGAGUGACCAUGUGAUUUGAUUUGGCCAGUGGCCCCAAACCAAUGUAACACAGGCAGAGACUCGACAAAUUCUUGUGCAUGGGGCCUGUCUUCUCUUGCUGUUCUUGGGAACCUUGCAGUUGCCCCUAGGUGAACAAGCCUGGGCUAUCCUGCUGCAUGAUGAGAAAAACAGGCCCAGUACCCCUUCCGUCCUGACAGCCUAUCGAGUCUCAGCUGAUUGCAAACACAUGUGUGAGCAGCCAAGCCCGACAGGAGAUUGCCUAGCUGAGCCCAGCCCAAAUUGAUUCCUACUCAAGGCAUGAGAAGUUGGUGCACCCUUUAAAUGUUCAUUUCUCUUCAAGGACAAACUGACUGUUUCUCCUUGUCUGGAUGUUCAGCCCUUAAUCCCCAACUCCAUCUAACCCUAGGUGUCUCACAAUCUCCACUUUCUUUGGCAAACGUUUGCCAAAGCUUUUCACCCUGCACCGUUAUGGUGGGACAUAUGGUUGGAUCAAAAGUCACUGGAGGACAAUGAACCUAUGAAGGUUUCUUCUUCAACAUCUUGUCGGUCUUCUUCAGAGCCACCUGACCGGAGCUGGGCCCUAGUCUCAGAGCACCAUUCCACUGGUAUCCAUUUACUUCACGGUAUUUCCAAAAACAGUCCUACAUGUGCAAUGAAAGAAAGAAGUGGCUGGUGAGGGUCAGAAGGAUGAGUUGAUAUCAUUGCUUGGAGGAGACUUGGCCUACCAAAGGACUUCUCAGUGGCUUUGGCCUGUCUGAGAGGAACCGGGGACAGUUCAGCCCAGUGCUGGCGCUUCCAAGGGCAGGAAGACACAAGCCAUAACCCUGGUGCUGAGUUUUAGACUUGCUGGUGUCCCUGGCCUCUGAGAGCCUAGGUCUAAUCUGUUUGGGCCCCAAUUCAGAUGGAAAGGAUGAUUAAACAACAUCAUUUCUUAGUCACCAGCUUUGGAUUUCAAUUUGCUCAGGCAAUUCUGGAGAAUAUUGGGUAGCUGCAGAAGCUAUUAUCUCUUCACACUGAGCACUGUGUCAGGCUUCUCUCCACCAAAGAGCCCCAUAGCACCAGCUGCAGAGACCAGAUAUAUUGCUUUUGUUAGCCAAGGGCAUGUAGGAUUUUGGAGAAGGUUAGGAGAGUCGUGGGAAAGAAUUACUAAAAUUGGAAACCUGCAAUUCCAAAGACAAACCAAACUAUAGACAGACAAUACAAUAAAAAACACAAAGACAGCAGGCUCCUGAAAUAACCUGGGGAAAUGGGACCAGGUUGUCCCCUGUAGGGCUGCAUAAAUCACUGAAACUUCCAGAGAGAACGCUAUUGUUUCUGGGUACGUGGAUAGAGACAAGACUGGCUAGACAAAUAAAGGCAAAGCUGGCCAUCCUCGGCACCCUGGCUUUUCCCAGUGGGUCCUUUUGUUUCUUCCCUGAAUGGUGUUUCCCACAGAGGAAGGGCUUAUACAUAUUAGCUUCCUUCCUAGGUUUUAUUGGGGUACAAAAUAAGUCUUGUGUAAGACAUGACCUCUGUCCACUGGGACCCUGCAAUUGAAUAGGGGAAAUAAGACAUGCCCAAGAAAGAAGUAGGAGAUUUUAUGCAUAUAAUGUGAAAUACUGCUAUGGAUAAAUCACAACAAACCCAGAGAAUUAAAGUUUUUAAAUUUAAAUGGGUAUAUUUUGAUAUUUAAAUGUUGUGUGUGUUUGUCCAUCCAUUGUCUUUAAAGAUUAGCUCAGUGUUCUGAAAAAGCCAGUAUUAAAAAAUCUGAUUGGAAGAGAUGAAUUAGGUUGGGGAGGGGUACAAGGCAGAGGGCCCAGGGGGAUGAUGCAGGACGUGCUGUGUGCCUGUGAGUCACAGCUGAGUCAGGGAUGUGUUGGAGAAGGGGGUGCAGGUGCAGGUGGCAAGAGGUAUCUCCUAGAACAGCUUCGCUAGGCCAUGCAUAGGUUCGCUAGGAAGCUGGGGACAUUUGCCCUGGACCUGAUGGUAUGCCUCAGCUUUCACCCAAGCAUGCUCCCAGGGGAGCUCUGGAUCUGCUUGUCCAGGGGCUCAGUUCUGCAGCUGCGAGUGUUGCUGGCUGCCCUCACUGACACAGAGAAAGUCUGGCAGAGAUGAAGGGCCUCUCAUCUCCCUUCCUGUGAUCCUCACUCUGCACCUGGCACAGGACUGGGUGGGUGGGGGGCGGGCAGGAAGGGGCUGCCACUCUAGCCCGCAGCACUCCAUGCUGAGGACACCUAGCCACGUCUGUAAGUAUUUCUAAAUACUCUGAAAGACAUCACAUAGGUAAUCCGAUUAGAUUACCUGAUUACCUUCAGAGGCUGAAGUUGCAGAUACUGUUGUAAUCCUUCCUCCCCUUUUCUUUAUAAAGGGAUAUAAAUGGAGAAAUAAACCAUCAUUGCCAUUAGUGAAGUUACAAAUCUAAUUAGGCCUUUAGAUUCUGAAGCCUGUAAAUCUUAUCUGCGGGACCGGUGUUUCCCCAAAUUGCCUAACCAGACAAAUUAUGUGAUUGCUGUUAAAAAUGUAUUGUUGGGCCCCACCUUGGAGAUUGAUUAGGUGGGUCUGGAGUGAGUAUGGGUUCUUUUAACGUAUGUCUCAGAAGAGCGCUGUGAUCAGAUGCAUUUGGCAAAUGGCGCACUAGAUCAUACCUGUGGUGUACCCCCAAGCAGUUGGUCCUGAGGCUUCUUCCUUGGGCUUCGAGGAUGUCUUCAGACACCCUCUUACUCCCUUGGGGCUGGCAGCCUGGCUGCGACAGAGGUGACUGGCUCGCCAGGGUCCAGAGGUAGGGGAACUGUGUGAGGCAGAGAGGAAGGAAAACUCAGAACACUCCCCGAGAGCCGGUUCUAGAUGUUUCUAAUCCUAGAAUAAUGAUCUAUUGUGACAAUCUCAGAUCUGACGGUAGGAAUCACAAGUAAUUUUCUCAUUCACUUGAUGUCAUUCUGAGCAAAACUUAGAUCAUGAACAGAAAGAAAAAAGACAGUUGGGGAAAUGGCAAAUCAUUCUUCGAAGCAUUCAGAUUAUCAGCCUGGCUGGUCAACUCCCACUUCCACUUUAAGACCCAAAGUGGGGUGGGCAAGAAUAAUAAGAACUACAUUAUAUACCCUUCCAACAUCGGAUUUAGAUGCUGCCAGAAUCUUGCUAGAGUUUAAAAUUGAUCUAUAGGAUCUAGAGAUCCAAAUUCACCAACAUAGGGCCCCAGGUACUUAAAGUCCUAGAAGGAAAAAAGUGCCUAGUUUUUUUUGUUUUGUUUUGUUUUGUUUUUGUUUUGUUUUGUUUUGUUUUCUGCUAGGAUCCUACCUCCUAGAUACCUGGGAAGCUGAUCCAUGGAGCUUUAAGUAAGGGGCUUUUACUAUCAGAAUAGAACAGAGAUACUGUUGAGCUGCUUAAAGCAGCAUCCUGAGUUUUGGCACUGCCUGAGGGUGAUACGUUUAAUACUGAGAGUAUUUUGUUAUUUUUAUGGUGUGUUACUGUUUACAGAGCACUUUCACACGCAUUAUAUCCUUUGAUCCUCACAACACCCUCCUGCGACAGAGGCAAGGUGGAUGUUGUGGCCUCCUCAUCAAACAGAAGGUCAAGCUGAGGUUGAGAGAAGCUAAGUGAUUUGCCUAUAGUCCAAAGGUUUUUAAAAUCAUAGAGCCAGGCCCUCUGUCUGCCCAGGGUCCUUCCCAGACAAUUCCUGCAGCACCCACAGGACUGGUAUCUGGCUGAUUUGCACCUGCUGCAAGAGUCCUGGGCCCCGUGCUCACCCACAUGCCGCUGGUGGGACGAGGCUGUGGAGCUGGGCAGUCGGGGCUGCUUCGUGCUGCCCAGCACCACUCCUGAAAUGUGGCUCUGCAUGGGCGCCAGCCUCCCUCAAGGAUGGUUUCUCUUUCGCUAGCUGUGCUGUGAGGGGAAAAGGCUUGGACAAAAAUACGCUUCAGAUUCCUCCUUGAAGAGGAAUUUCUGAGCCAAACUACGAAUUCAUCUAGACUCGGAACUCCAGGGUUCAGGGACAACCUGCUUAGAAGUGAACUAUCUGGCACCUUCACCGCAUUUGGGGAUUUUAGGUAGAACUAAGAAGGACGAGAUGUAGAAGGAAGCGGUGCAGCUGUGUAGUUAGAAGUUUCGUGAGAGUUUCUUACUGGCGCUGGACACAAGCCCAUGUGGCCUGACCCAUGUCUUCUGGGAAAGCGAAAAGAGAUACAAAUACCUUCACUCUUACUUUGGCUUUAAGGAAAAGCCACUUUAUUAACCAAGGUAUUAGACACUAUCCAAUGAGAAUUUUCCCCUUGGGAAUAUACAAGAGGGGAAUAGAAAGUACAAGAAGACAAAGGGGUCAGAAAUCUGUGUCAUGAGAGUCACCUGCCCAGUUAUUUUGUGCCUUGUCUGUGGCAUCAAAACUAAAAUGUUGUAUCACUCUUGCCCAUGAUUUUUUUUUUCAGUGUCAAACAUACGAAGUGAAUUUGCUUGUAAUGAUUUAAUCUAAAUAAAGUAUUUCACCUA